AAUGGGAAACCAAUCAUGCCAACUCAUCUGCUCGAAAGUCAAUAUUGAAUAUAUCACCGAACGAAACGAAACGAAACGAAACAAAGCAAAGCGAAGAGAGCUCAUUACUCCUCGCCGGUGAUCUCUGAAACGAAGUUUUUUCAAUUCUCUGAAACAAAAAGGUCGCCGGAGAUCUUCCGUCACCAGAUCAACCCCCUCUCUCUUACUUUUAAUUGUAAUCAGUAAUCAGUAAUAAUGAGUGAAGAAGAAAAAGGACAAAGCAGAGGAGUGGUCGUAGAUCACCAUCACCACCAAAAUCCCCAACCUCAGUACGGUACGUUUCAAGGUGUAGCUAAUUAUCCUCAACAGCCUGUUAUCGGCUUCCCUCAGCCCGUUCCCCCGCCCGGAGCUACUGAGCCCUCUGCCCCUCCUCAGUAUUACGCUCACGGCUAUCAGACGGUUCCAGGCUAUGCUGUUGCUGAUGGAAGACCUGUGAGAGAACAUCGCCUUCCUUGCUGUGGUAUUGGUUUGGGCUGGUUCUUGUUUAUUAUUGGUUUCUUUCUUGGUGCCAUCCCUUGGUAUGUUGGGCUAUUUAUUAUAUUAUGUGCAAGGAUAGAUCCCCGAGAGAAACCAGGAUACAUUGCUUGCACAAUCGCUGCUGUUCUUGCUACUGUUGCAAUUAUUCUUGGUGUAACAAAGGGAGCUGAUGAUUGGUAAUCUUUCCAAGCAUUGCAAAAUGGAUGUGCAAAGUUAUUCUACAAACUGGAAGACCAAAAACAGAAAAAAACUUGGGUAUACAAUCAUAUUUGAAUUCUUGUGUUAUUGGGAGUAAUCUGAACAAUGAGAACUGCAAACUCGUUAUGGAUUUCCAUUAUGUUAUAAUGUAACUAUUAUUCUACUUAGCUCAGACUAUUUAUUUGUGAAAAUCUGCAGACAUUUGUGUAAAUGUAAGAAAAGCCGAUGGAUUCUCGUAGAGUUGCGUGUACUUAGUUAAGCUGUUCGGUUAGCAUGUAGCUAUAACGAUGUUCAAACUGAACUGAACCAACCAGUUGCAAAUUGAAUCAAUCGAGUUUUUAUAUAGGAAAAA